AUGGCAAACCAUAACCACAAAAUUGAGAAUAUCUACAGAAAGUCCAUCCCUUUACCAGAGGGUACACCAAUGGUCCAGGGCUACGACUUCAACCAGGGUGUGGACUACCGAGUCCUGCUGCAGUCUUACCUCCACACAGGCUUCCAGGCUACCAACUUGGGCUUGGCUAUCCAGGAGAUCAACACCAUGAUCAAGAGGCGUCAGCAACCGGUGAAGGCAUUGAAUGGAUGUGUUGAUGAAGGCCCAUCAACCUGCCCCUGUCGGAGGAGCUGCACCAUCUUCCUCGGUUACACCUCAAACCUCAUCAGCAGUGGAGUCCGGGAGAGUAUCCGCUACCUUGCAGAACACAAAAUGGUUGAUGUCUUAGUGACCACAACUGGAGGUAUAGAGGAGGAUCUGAUCAAGUGUAUGGCCCCAACUUACAUGGGAGACUUUACUCUGUCUGGCAGGGAUCUGUUUAUAAAAGGCCUUGACAGGAUUGGGAACCUUCUGAUACCCGAGGAAAACUACACUAAAUUUGACAAAUGGUUGAUGCCGAUCUUGAAGCAGAUGCUGCUCGAGCAGAACACUCAGGGCGUUAACUGGACACCAUCUAAGAUGAUCCAUCGAAUGGGCAAAGAGAUAAACAACCCGGAAUCUGUUUACUACUGGGCCUACAAGAAUAACAUCCCAGUGUUCUGCCCUGCCCUGACCGACGGCGCUAUAGGAGACGUUUUGUGCCUCUUCUCAGCUGAGAACCCUGGCUUCAGAGUGGACAUAAAUGAAGAUAUUACAAAGUUGAACAAAAUGGCAGUGGCUGCCAACAGCACAGGGAUAAUCAUCCUGGGAGGAGGUAUAGCCAAACACCACAUAUGCAAUGCCAAUUUCUGGAGGCAGGGAGCUGACUAUGCGGUAUAUGUGAACACAGCUCAAGAGUUUGAUGGUUGUGACUCAGGGGCCAGACCUGAUGAGGCAGUGUCCUGGGGCAAAAUCAGAGCAGAUGCUAAACCUGUGAAGGUAUAUACGGAUGCUACCAUAAUCUUCCCAUUAUUAGUGGCAGAAACCUUCGCUGUUCAUGCUGAUAAGAAGGCUACUGGCACAAAAAAGGAGUCCUCAAGUCCUACAAAAGUGGCAGCAACACCUGUUUAA